UAGGUUCCCGUAAAUAAUAAAAGAAAAAAUUCCAGUUGAAGAAGUUGGGUUUGGAAGAUGGUACAAGAGGAAUUUCGAAAAGGACCAUGGACAGAAGAAGAAGAUUUCAAAUUGGUGUCAUUUGUUGGAUUAUUUGGAGACAGAAGAUGGGACUUUAUAGCUAAGGUUUCAGGUUUGAAGGUGGCGGGAGACAGUUUGAAUAGAACUGGUAAGAGUUGUAGGUUACGUUGGGUUAAUUAUCUUCAUCCUGGUCUUAAACGAGGUAAAAUGUCUCCUCAUGAAGAACGCCUUGUGCUUGACCUUCAAUCCAAAUGGGGAAAUAGGUGGUCAAGAAUUGCUAGAAAGUUACCAGGAAGAACAGACAAUGAGAUUAAGAAUUACUGGAGAACUCACAUGAGGAAGAAGGCUCAUGAAAAAAAGAGGGGAUCAAUUCCAUCCACAGAACACCAUUCAAUGGAUUCUCAUGCUUCCAAAAAAGCAGGGGAAGAAAGUUUUUAUGACACAGGAGGAUCAAAAUCAAGCCAAGUUAAAAUAGUAGGAGAAGAACAUGAACAAGAGUUUUCAAUGGAUGAUAUAUGGAAAGAUAUUGAUAUAUCAGAAGAGAAUAGUUUGCAGCAGCCAGAAGAGGUGAUAAUUCCUCCGUCAUCAUGGGAGUAUAAUUCCUCUGACUCAUUAUGGGUGAUGGAUGAAGAAAGUAUGUUAUUCCCUAUGAGUGAUGACCCUUAUUUUUCUAGAUAUGCUAAUUAGGAUUCUUUUUCCAAAUUAUGAUUUAGUUUCUUUGUUAAUAUUAUCAUGUGUGUCACUGCCACUUGUUUUAAUUUAGUCAAAUUAACAUUUGUAUUUGUAUAGUAUUGCAGCUUUUGGCUUUUGGCAUGGUUCUGCUUAGUGUGAACCAGCUGUAAUAAUCCUAAGCAAAGGAUAACCUCUAGUCUUUUCAAUGUUUUAGUGCUUUUCUUACUUUCAGAAAACAUCCAAUAAGAUAGGGAGUUGGUAUGUUCGGAAUUAAUGUAAAAUAUUAAGCACCUGUUUACAUCAUUAAAGUUUUAAUCUCAAUUACACUUCUACCA